AUGGAGUCCGCAAAGCUCUGGAUACGGGACAACUGCAACACGCAGCGCCUCCAGCGGGUUUUUGCAGAACAACACCCCGUGUUGCAAAAGGCAAUGAGCCUGAAGACUCCAUGGACCGCGCUCUUCAUCGCGACCUGCGUGCUGCUCGUCCGGUAUGUCGGAGGCAAGCAGAGGCGGAGGCAGAGGCAGCCGAAGACAAAGACAUGGUGGAAGAGCCGACGACUGCGUUCGCCGGACCCGGAGAAGCCGCCUACGGAUGUCAAUCAAUUUGCUGAGAAGCGGAUGAAGGAGGCUACUCACUGA